AGCAGCAGCUGCGGCAGCUGCUGCACGUGUUCUUGCUGGACUACCUCCACAUCAAAGGCAUAAUCUCUCAUCAAGCUCUGAAGAAUUAAGUUCAAUUUAUGGGAGCAUAUCUCCCCGUCAAAUGUUAGAUGAUCUCGAGGAAGAAUUUUAUGAUGAGGAUUUUGAUCCGGUAAGACAUGUUUUGGAGCAUAUUCCAACUGAUGAUAAUGAAAUGGUAUAUUUUGAAGAAAAGGCUGCUUUUAGAUUAGCACAACUGGAUAGAAUUGCUGAACGCCUUUCACGCCAUGUUAUGGAGCACCAUGAAGUCAUGGUGAAAGGAAUGAAUCUUGUCAGGGAACUGGAAAGAGACUUGAAGGUUGCAAAUGUUAUUUGCAUGAACGGGCGGAGACACCUUACAUCUUCAAGGAAUGAGAUAUCAAGGGAUCUUAUCGUGCACAGGAAUUCAAAAAAGAAACAAACACUUUUGGAUAUGCUCCCAAUCUUAGCAGAGCUCCGUCAUGCACUGGACAUGCAAGCCACCCUUGAAACUCUAGUGGGGGAAGGAAACUUCUCUAAGGCAUUCCAAGUACUCUCGGAGUAUUUGCAAAUUCUGGAUAGUUUGUCACAACUUUCAGCAGUACAAGAAAUGAGCCAUGGUGUUGAGGUUUGGUUGGGGAAGACACUUCAAAAAUUGGAUGCACUUUUAUUAGGAGUAUGCCGGAAUUUCAAAGAGGAGAGUUAUAUCACUGUGGUUGAUGCUUAUGCCCUAAUUGGGGAUGUUUCCGGUCUUGCUGAAAAGAUACAAAGUUUCUUUAUGCAGGAGGUUAUCUCUGAAACACACAGUGUCCUGAAAACUAUUGCGCAAAAGGACUUUGAAAGUACCCAUGAGCAAGGUGAAAGGCUCACAUACAGUGAUCUGUGCCUUCAGAUGCCCGAAUCUAAAUUUAGGCAGUGUUUGUUGGCAACCCUAGCUGUACUAUUUAAGUUAAUGUGUUCAUAUCAUGCAAUCUUGAGCUUCCAGCUGGAUGGGGUCUCAACCUGCCAAACCCUUGCUAUGCAUGACAUGCAGGGUGAUGGCUUGUUUCGUGAACCAACAGGGGGGCCUCAUGUUCCGUCUUCCACUGAAGAAACAGCAGCAACUAAUGUAACUUUGACAGAUAAUACUGCAGCCUAUUGUCCCUUGGGUAUGGAUAAUGGUGAAGAGGUAAGAGAUGGUGGAAAGACAGCAUCAAGCAGCGGAUCUCCCUGGUUUCAGCUGCGCAAGGAUGCUACAGGCUUUGUUUCACAAAUCUUACUCCGAGGUCGGAGAAAUCUCUGGCAACUUGCAACAAGCCGCGCAGCAGUGUUACUUUCAUCUCCUGCUGUGUGUUCUACCAGUAUUCAUCAGUUUCUAACAAUGUAUGAAGAUCUGAAUCUUUUUAUCUUGGCCGGGGAAGCAUUCUGUGGGAGUGACGCUGUUGAGUUCAGGCAGAAAGUGAAAUUAGUAUGUCAAAAUUAUUUUGUUUCUUUUCACCGGCAAAACAUAUAUGCAUUGAAACUGGUGCUGGAGAGGGAGAAUUGGCUGAUAUUGCCCUCAGAAGUAACACAAGUAGUAAGUUUUGCAGGUCUCAUUGGUGAUGGGGCAGCCUUGAUUGCUUUGACUAGGAGCUCUCCCAGAAGUCGAUUGGGGAAUUUACAUACGUCAAUAGAACUCAUCCAAUCUGACUCUAGGAGAAGUGGAUUUUCUAAGUGGUCAGAUAAUGAAAAUCCUUUUCUGAUGAAAUUGAAUUGUAGUUCAAAGGAGUAUAUGGAUUCAUGUUUUACUGGAUCACCACCUUCUAGAGACGUCCAAAGCUCUCAUGGGAGUUCUUACAAUAAGAGUUCUACUCAGGAAAACCAUGAUGAAAGUCAAAUGAACGGGAAUGCUUCUCCUUCAGAAGAUGAAAAUGAUGAUCUUCAUGCUGAUUUUAUUGAUGAAGAUAGUCAACUUCCAAGCCGGAUUUCCAAACCUAGUCAUUCAAGACAUCAGUCAUCACUUUCAAAUGAUGAUGAAAUAACAGCACAUACAGGAUCAUCUCUAACUCUCCUGAGGUUACUAGAUAAAUAUGCAAGGUUAAUGCAGAAGCUAGAGUUCGUAAAUGUAGAAUUUUUCAAGGGGAUUUUCCAAUUGUUUGGGAUCUUUUUUAAUUUUGUGUUCGAGUGCUUUGUGAAUCAGAGUACUCUCCCUAGCGGAAGAAUCUCAACAGACAUGCUUUCUCAGAGGCUAAAGACAGCAUUAUCAAGAAUAACACAAGAGUGUGACCAAUGGAUGAAACCACAUGCUGCUCCAUUUAAUUCAUCUUCACCCACAACUUUAAACACGCCAUUCGCUCAUAUGGAUGUCACUCCUACAAGCCCACCCAGUUUAUUAGCUGGUACAUCUUUUAGUCUCAAGGAGAGAUGUGCAGGCGCUGACACUAUAUCUCUUGUUGCUCGAUUGUUGCACAGAUCUAAAGCUCAUCUUCAGUCAAUUCUUCUGAAAAAUAAUCCAGCAACUGUUGAAGAUUUCUAUGUGCAUUUGGUGGAAGCUGUACCGGACCUUGUAGAACAUAUUCACAGAACAACAGCGAGAUUAUUUCUCCACAUAAAUGGGUAUGUUGAUAGGAUUGCUAAUGCUAAAUGGGAGUUGAAAGAUCUUGGAUUAGAGCACAAUGGAUAUGUGGAUUUGCUUCUGGGGGAGUUUAAACACUACAAAACGAGGCUUGUUACUGGAGAAAUUCAAAAGGAGGUUCAAGAUCUCCUAUUAGAAUAUGGACUAGACAUUGUUGCUGAAACUCUUGUUGAAGGACUAUCGAGGGUUAGGAGGUGCACAGAUGAGGGAAGAGCUCUUAUGUCUCUAGAUCUUCAGGUAUUGAUCAACGGACUAAAGCAUUUUGUUUCCAUAGAUGUGAGGCCGAAGCUACAGAUAGUUGAAACUUAUAUCAAGGCAUACUAUCUUCCAGAGACUGAGUUCGUGCAUUGGUCGCGCGCUCAUCCGGAAUACACUAAAGGUCAAGUGGUAGGUCUUGUCAAUCUUGUUGCCACAAUGAAAGGUUGGAAAAGAAAGACCAGGUAUGAAGUGUUGGAGAAGAUUGAAUAAGCGCUGCUUUCAAACCCUCAACACUUGCUAGGUCUUGUGGAUUCUGGGUUCUGGUUUAUUGUGAUUAUGGUUAUUAUUCAAAAAUGUGUAUAAUCCAUGUAAUUUGUUUUGGUUGAGGUUUUAUUGUUAGGAUGAUCAAAUUAAGUUUGUGUCUUCUUUCUUCUCUUGUAUCAUAAUGCCCUCCCUACCUAGAAAAGGCAUUUUUCCCCAAAGGUGUAAUCUUCAGCCACAAAAAUACAGAUUGAUGCAGUUUUCUGGUUAUGUAGAGUUGAUCUGAGACUGAUGUAAUAUUCUUACCACUCAUAAUGAAACACUAUGUGUUGC